AUGACUGCUCAUAAGCUUUGUUGUUAGCUGCUGGCACAUUAAUCACUUGUCUACAUACCCCCAUUUGGCCGAGUUCGUGUUCCAAAAUGUCCUUGUUAAGCGCUGGGCGCGUGCUUCUGGAUGCCGUGGCACAACCAGGGACUAGCUCAGAUGUCCUCUCGCCACAAGAGUUGUUUGCGAAGGCGGAGAACACGCAGGCGCUCAGAAUCGCCUCCAUCUUUGUCAUCCUCGCUGCUGGUGUUCUCGGAGGCGUACCACCCCUCUUUCUCAACAUCUUCCGCGACCAGGAGGGGAUGCUCACGCUACUUGUCCGCUCGUUCGCGGCCGGCAUUAUUCUAGCACUUCCAUUGGUGCAUAUCAUUCCAGAGGCCGUGGAGGAUAUGGUGGGUCUUGGGGGCAUCGAGUACCCGCUGGGCGGCGUGUGCGUGCUGUUUGGCGUGGCACUGAUGGUGUUCCUGGAGCACUUGGCGCACAUCAUCAUGCACGGGCCGCACAGCCACGCCUCCGCCGCCGACUCGGCGGCCGCAGCUUUCCCGAUGCUGCCCAGCUCCGGCACGGACGUCGAGGUGGGCGCAACCGCCUGCGGCGCAGCCAAGCGCGCCAGUGCCCAGACCAGCAGCAACUGCGAAGCGGCGGACCCCAGCUGCGGCGUGCUCGGCGACAGCAGCAGCGUGCCGAUGAAGCCGGCCAUGGCGGUGGUGGUGGCGGAGGGCAAGGCGGCGGGAGAGCCGGGGCACAGCCACGUGUGCGUGUCGCGCGGCUCGGCGGGUAACUGGUUCUCCAGCACCUUUCCCACAAACACGCAAGCAGCGUCGGGCUCGCUGCGGCUGAAGAUUCUGGCGUACAUGUUUGAGCUGGGCUGCGUGUUUCACAGCAUCAUCAUCGGCAUCAGCCUGGGCGUCAACACCACCGGCCUGGUGGAGGUGCGGGCGCUGCUCAUUGCGCUCAGCUUCCACCAAUUCCUGGAGGGCAUCUCGCUGGCGUCUGUGCUGCUGCGCAGCGGCUUCAGCACCCGCAAGGGCGUCACCAUGAUCCUCAUCUACAGCCUGACGUGCCCGGUGGGCAUUGCUGUGGGAAUGGCCAUUGCUUCCAGCUAUGACGCCGAGUCGGAGGCCGCCCGCGCCGUGCAGGGCACCCUGAACGGCGUGUCGGGCGGCAUGCUGCUGUACAUCAGCCUGGUGCAGCUGGUGGCGGAGGACAUGGGCAGGUUCGUGCCGGGCUCGCGGAGCGGCGGCGCCAGUGCCCGGCUACUCAGCUUCCUGGCACUGUUCCUCGGGGCUAGCUCCAUGUGCAUCCUGGCCAUCUGGGCCUAGACCUCCGGGCUGGGUGGAACGCGGAGGUGGAAGUGGAGGCAGAGGCGGCAUUAAUAGCGCUGAAGGAGUGGCGCAGAGGCCAUCCAAUAGGCAGUGGUAUCGCGAGUACUAGAAACCAGGAAGUAGGCGGCGCGUUUCCGCCUUCAAGUAGGUGUAUAUCUAGGCACGGCAAUGUGUGGGGCCGUCCAUGACAGGAGUUGGGGUAGGCUCUGGACAGUCGCAAACAUUUGAAACGGUGGGGCAGGUAGGAACAAGUCUGUGGCCGGCCGCAACGCGGGCGGUUGGUGGACUCGGGCCUUGCUCGCUCUCGCAUACAUAACGUACAUAAGAAUUGCCACCGUGAUAUGGUGAGCGUACUUCGAGGCAUGCCGCAUGCGUGGUGGGCUGGGGCGUGGUGCAUUUGUUUGGCGGACCGGGGUGUGGCUGGGUCAACAUGCGGUUAUGGAGGUGCGCACCUAUCUAGCGCGGCGGGGUAGUUCCAAGGACGGCAUUAGAGAUCGAUCUUGUGGAAUUGAAAUGUUGUAACGAGGGACGGUAUGCCAGUGCGGGUCUACGUCAGCAAAAAACCGGCAACGGAGGACAGGUCGGGAAUUCCGGAAUUCUGACUGCCUUAUUUGAUGUUUGGUAGCUAAGGAUCCCAGGCUCGGCACCGAGGCCCGCAGGCGGUGGAAGAUGGAGACCAGGGAAGGAGAUGAGGUGGGUCAGCGGGAAGGCGUGAGGGCACUUCAGCCGAGCCUCCUUCGCAGCCUCAGCCUGCGUGUGUACUUGAGUGGGUGCGGGUGCGCAAGCCAAGGUAGGCCACGCUAAACGCCAGCCUUUGGCAAGUUGGCGAGCUUCCUCGCUUACAGACACGGCACCAACACCCACAAGUCCA